UCUGAGGCAGCGCGACAGUCGCCGCGACGGCUGCGGAGAUGCGGGCGCCGAGUGGCCUUUCGCCGUCGCUGCUGCCGCCGUUCUUCCUCCUCCUGUGCGCCUCGGGCCUGGUGAAAGGGGGCGAGGCGGGCGCUGUCACUUGCGGCUCGGUGCUGAAGCUGCUGAACACCCGGCACAACGUGCGGCUCCACUCGCACGAGGUCAAAUACGGAUCCGGAAGUGGCCAGCAGUCAGUGACUGGUGUUGAAGCUUCCGAUGAUGCUAAUAGCUACUGGCGGAUCCGCGGCAAAAUUGAUGGGUCCUGCCAGCGAGGAGCACCAGUGAAGUGUGGACAAGCAGUGCGCCUUACUCAUGUGAAUACAGGGAAAAAUUUGCACACUCACCAUUUCCCAUCACCACUCUCCAAUAACCAGGAAGUAAGCGCCUUUGGUGAUGACGGAGAAGGAGAUGACUUGGAUGUAUGGACAGUGCAGUGCAGUGGGACUUACUGGGAUCGGAAUGAUGCAGUGCGCUUCAAGCACAUAGGAACAGAUGCGUUCCUUUCAGUAACAGGCGAACAAUAUGGUCACCCAAUCCGAGGCCAGCGGGAAGUCCAUGGCAUGCAUUCUCCUAAUCAGCACAAUUAUUGGAAGGCAAUGGAGGGUGUCUUCAUUAAGCCCAGCUUGGACUCCACAAAGCAUGAUGAGCUCUGAAGGACCUUUCUGUAGAACCUCUUCACCAGGGUGUGUGAGCUGGUCCCCUUCUGUAAAUAUUAUCUUGAGUCGUCAACUUUUUUGUACAGUUGAGAGUAUUUUUCAUGUGUAACUCCACUCCCACUGAAUUCAGACUGACAAGGAAUACAUUGGCUGUUUGGCUCCUCACCAUUUUCAUAGGUUGUUUCCUUUUCUAUCUUUUUUGCUCCCUCCCUUUUCCCUUAACUUAGAAAAAACGGUAGUCCACAGUGUGAACCGCAGUGUAAAACAAUCUAAUCUGAAGUGCAAUAAAACUUAAAAUUUUGUAAUUCUCGGUCAAGUUGUAAAUAAAUUCACAAAAAACA